AUGAAAAAAGAAGAAUUCUUUGAAAUUAAAAAAAAAUAUAGGACCAAAAUCACAUUUUCUGAUGAUUUAUUAGAUGAUAUUAUUGGAUUAUUGAUGUGUAAUUAUCCACAAAAUAUUAAAAAAUCACCGUUUAGGUUAGGAAACUAUCAAAAAUCUCAAAUCAUAAAGAAUUAUCAAGAUUUCUUGGAAAUUUCAUCCUGGAUUGAUAAUGAUAAAGGAAAGAAUUCAUUUAGAUUUGAUCUUAUUUUCGAUAAUACAUUUUUUGGCAGUAAUUUUAACGUAACAUCGUUCCAUACUAUAUGUAAUGGAACAUUUUCUACUAUCACUUUCUUUGAUCUAAACGGGUUGAUUGUUGGUGGGUAUAAUCCUCUCGGUUGGUCUAAUGACAACAAAUAUAAAUCAAGUGAUUGUAGUUUUAUUUUUGCCUAUAAUGGUGAUAAUUUAAAAAAUACAACGAUAUCCCGUGCUAUAGAAAAUGGGAAAGUGAUUGGACAAAAUAAAAACUAUGGUCCUUGGUUUGGUGAAGGCCCAGAUCUUGUUGUCCGGCAUAAUGCAAAACAAAUUGAAAUGAAAUCUAAAACAUACAACAAAUUGUUUGAUUUGGAAGGAAAUUAUCCAUUUCGUAAUAUAGAAGUUUUUAAA